AGUAAAUAGGAAAAUAAACAGGUUCAUUUCGUGAAGAAGAACCUCAGCACCCAAACAGUAGCAACAGGCAGGUUUCCACAUAUUGAAUUGGUUAUGAUUGAUUAGCAAACAUUUAAAUCUCAGAUGAUGGUUCUUUCUGCGUUGCCAGCGAACUAUUCAGGUUUCCUUCAUCAUGGUACUCCUUUUCUGCCACCAAAGUUUCCUGUGAGAGUUAAUUAUCACAGAGAAGUUUCUCUAACACUGCAAAUGAUUUGCAGAAUGAAGAUAAAACAAAAAUAUGCAAAUCAUACUUGUUCCAAAUUUGUGAGGUCUGCUGCAAGAAAUGAUCAUCAUCUAAGUUUUGAUGAUGAUUUGCAUCAGGAGCCCUUUUUGCUAACAUUGAUCAAGGAUGCCUUACGGGGGCUAAAAUCUUUAUUUGUGUUUUUGGUUGAGCAACCUAGCCAGCUGAAGUACAUAGAGUGGCCAAGCUUUAGUAAUACGCUGAGGACUGCAAUACUUACUCUUGUUCUUGUUGCUCUGCUUAUUGUUGCAUUAUCAUCUGUUGAUUCGGCUCUCUCCUACCUUUUGGCUUUAGCUCUUCGAAAAAGUUCAUAACUGUAUGGUACUGCCUAUGUUAACAGUACUAUGUAAGCAAUUGACUUCUGAUGCUUGUAAAUCUUGACGCCAAUUUUGAACUGGAAUUAUUCAAGAGAAUUAUUGCAUUGCAUAGUAUCUUGUUUGCAUAAUGGAGCUAAUGGGGUUACAGUUUUAAAAUUUACAAAUUGUAUAUUUAGAGCAUGUAUAUUGUAA